AUGGGGUGCGCGUCGUCCAAGGCGGUCGACGGCGCGCCGUUGGGUUCGGAACCGUCGACGGCGACGCGCGCGGACGGCGAUGUGGCGCGGCGAGAGACGCCGGAGGCGUCGUCACCGAACGCGCGCGCGGUUGCGAACGCGAACGCGAACGCGAACGCGAAACCGACGCGGUUCGAGGACGCGUACGAACUCCUGGACGAGAUGUCGAGCGGAGGGUUUAGUUUGGUGCAUCGCGCGCGAUCGCGCGUCGACGGACAGGUGCGAGCGGUGAAGGUGAUUCGCAUCAGGGACGAGGAGAGCGCGCGCGCGGAGUACGAGCUCGCGCUAGAGGCGGAACAUUCGAGCGUGGUAAAGGUGUACGAUUUUUAUUACGAUGCGCCGAGCGCGUACGUGGUGAUGGAGUUGUUAGAGGGUGAAGAAUUAUUGGAUGAUUUGCUCGCGCGAGGUGAAUACGAAGAAGAAGACGCUAGGGUUCUCAUGCGACAAAUUUUACAAGCGUUGCGAGCGUGUCACGCAAAACACAUCGUGCACAGAGACGUAAAGCUGGAGAACAUGUCUUUCGCACGCAAGGGCGAUCUGAAUUCAUUGCGACUGGUAGAUUUCGGGCUUGCACAGAGAUUAGGAGACGGGAGUAACAAGUGCCAGUGCAAUUGUGGCUCGUCUUCAUACGUCGCGCCGGAAAUUUUGGGCAGUAAAAAUUAUAACGCCGCCGUGGACAUGUGGUCGGCGGGCGUCAUAAUGUACCUCCUUUUGUGCGGCGAGUUACCGUUUUACGUCGAAGAUGAAAACGAUGAGCAGCAACUUUUUGCGCAAAUUAGUCUUCGACGCAUCGCGCCGAUGUCGUGUGACGUAUCGGACGAGGCGUUGGAUCUCAUCGAUCGCUUGCUUAUCAUCGAUCCCGCAAAGCGGUUGACGGCGGAAGAAGCCUUGUUGCAUCCAUGGUUCAAAGGGAAC